AAGCCGAGCCCUCUCUAUGAGACCAUGAUGGACCGGUCCGAGUCAGAGGGAGCUGAUGCUGCCGCUCCCCCGCCAGACCAGAGCCCCAAACCGGAGCUUUCUGCCGCCAUGCGGGCUAAGAUAGAGAGAAACCGUCAGCGGGCGUUGAUGCUCCGCCAAGCGCGGCUUGCGAGCCGCCCGCUGUCCGCCGUGGAGGGGGCGACCUCGGCCAAAGUGUCCAAGACGAUCGACUCUGGUGCAGGUUUCUUUAUCGAGGAGGAGGAGGGCGGCGAGGAAGAGCGGAAAGCUAAGAAGGUGGUGCAUCAGCCAGCUCCGGUGAUUGAACCAGACUAUCUGCUGUGUGAUGACUGUCAGAAACCCUUCAUGGACUCUUUCCUCAGCAACAGCUUCGACUUGUCUGUGUGCGACAAAUGCAGAGACAACGAGGAGAAGCACAAGCUGAUCUCCAGAACUGAGGCCAAGCAGCGCUACCUGCUGAAGGACGUCGACCUCGACAAGAGAGAGCCCCCUCUUCGGUUCAUACUGAAGAAAAACCCUCAUAACCCACACUGGGGAGACAUGAAGCUUUACCUUCUGCUGCAGGUAGAAAAAAGAUGUAUGGAGGUUUGGGGCUCAGAGGAGGCGCUGGAAGAGGCCCGAGAAACGAGGGAGGAGAACAAAGAGGUCCAAAAACAAAAGCGCUUUAACAAGAAAGUCAGAGAGCUGCGCAGGGCAGUGAGGAGCAGCACGUGGACCAAAAACACCAGCGCCCACCAGCACGAGUACGGACCAGAGGAGGUGGUGGACCCAGAGGAGGACCUCUACAAGAAAACCUGCACCACCUGCGGACAUGAACUCACCUAUGAGAAGAUGUAAACGCACAGAGAAAAUGUUGCAAACUCAAAUGGACCAAGAUAAAUGGGGCUUCUUUAGGGAACAGUGAAGCUUCUUUCAAUGAGAUCUUAAGUGGAAAUAUGACAAGUUUGUAUAAGCUGGAUAUGUACAUCAAUUGGAAGAAGUUUUUGAAACAAAGCUUGCAUGUGCAUCAGAAAAUUCAGUAUUUUUAAGCCUUGAGACAUUUAGAAGCUUCCAGCGUGGGUUUGCUGGUAGUUUUAGAAAAUGUCACUGACCUCUGAAGUGCCUUGAAAAUGCAUUCAUAACCCUAAAAUUUUAACCAAACUGUCAGGCAGAGAACCUUGCAUGCAGUAAACUGCUGUGGGUUGGGAAUCAAACAUGCUUCAGCUCCUUACAGCAGGCUGCAGCCCUCAACCACCGAGCCAAGUGGUGCUUCAGAAACCACAUUAAAUGUUAAAUCAUGCAUCAUUUUACAUCCACUUAAUGCACUAUGAAAAAUCUGGUUGUAUAUUUUAAGAUUCAUUAGCAAGUCCUUGUGACGUCCACAUACAUUGGACAAUGUCCAAGUUUGUUGGAAAGAAAACCUUGUAAUCAUUUUUUGCAAUAAAAUAGUUUAUAAAAAGU